UCUUUAUUGCUUACGGAUGAUGUUUGUGCGUCGCAGCUACGCCGUGGACCUGGUGGUGUGUGUCGCUCUGGGCUGCGACAUGUUCGACUGCGUUUUCCCGACUCGCACAGCUAGGUUUGGCUCGGCCCUGGUCCCCUGGGGUUCUCUGCAGAUCAAACAGAAACAAUACGCCAAGGACUUCCAGCCCAUAGACCCCGAGUGCGAGUGUCCCACCUGCAAGAGACACAGUCGAGCGUAUCUUCACGCGUUGUUUAAGAGCGACACUGCCGCCAUGCACCACAUCACCAUCCACAACAUCUCUUACCAGCUGACUCUGAUGCGGUCGGUGAGGCAGAGCAUCAUCGAGCAGCGCUUCCCCGAGUUUGUGCAGAACUUCAUGAGGAGGAUGUUCUCCAGCGGCGAGACGUAUCCUGGCUGGGCCGUGGACGCCCUCGCAUCAGUCAACAUCACUCUGGAAUAAAAUGUCUUUAUAUUUAUAUUU